AUGUCUAACGUCUAUGAAGCAAUCAAAAUACUUGAUUCAAAAGAGGAAAGAACUGCACUACGAACCCUCUUCACUAAUAAUCCAGAAAAAAGAGCUGAAGCGGAACGCAUCCUUCCUACAUGUGAAGAUAACGAAGAGGUAGUUUCUUAUUUCAAAGAUCUCCUAAAACCUGAAUCACCUAGUAAACGAAGAAAAUACGAUGAAUACGAUGACGACGACGAAAAACUGGAAAGGUUUUGGAAUGCUUUGAAGGACGGGAAAGUUGAGGAGCAUGAUGGUGGCCAAUUUCUUGAAUUAUCCAGGGACGUUUCCUAUCUUCUAGGCAAAGAUGAACAAGUUGUAUAUCACAAACAUAACAAGUCUCCGAUUCUCUUCAGUGAGGAAGGUGUUUUCAGUCACACCGAAGACAAUAUUCAUGCAUUCAAAGGUUACUUGGGAAAUGAAGAACUUUUCCGUAAUCUUACUCAAGAAUAUGUUCGGAAAUUAUACAAUGAAUGGGGUGGAAUUCCUCGGUUUACCUUGUUUUAUGCUCUCAAUGAUUAUCAGCAAGAUCUUCUUCAAAGGGCAAUUAAUUCGGUUGACGAUAAUCUGUUAAAUUUUGUUGGUGAGACCACAGAUGAUAAUAGCGCCAGUCAUAAAAUCGUCCAUAUCUGCACGAACAUACCAAAAGGAGAGGACGAAGGAGAGGAUGGAGAGGAAGGAGAUGAAAGUGUAGAAGAUGUGGAAAUAACGGAAGUAGAAGAUAAUCCUGGAGAGCCCUCUACGUCACCAAAAUCUCCCACAGUAACUAGACCAGAUAAAAGAAAAAGUGUUAUAGGGAAGGAAAAACCUUUCUAUUCAAUGUUAACUCUAGA